AUGGCUAAUCGUGAUUACUAUGGCAACAACGUCCCCCUCGAUUUGGUAGGGGAACAGGAGAGCCGGCAGUUUCCUCAUACUCAAACUCAAACUCAAAUCCAGAGUCAAGACUCACGGUCUAACUUUAGUCAAUUCUCCGACCAGGAUACUGACAACCCUAUGCCCGCUCCAAACGCCACCCAACACCCCCCCUACGAACAAGACCAAACGCAGUUGCGGGACCCAGCCAACCCCGAAUAUGGAUCGAACAGCGCGGAGGGAGAAAAAGGGCUGGGAUCAACUAUCGUCGGCGGCGCGGGGGGCGCGUUCGUCGGUCACGAAGUCGGCAAGAAGUCAGAGCAUGGCAUACUUGGCACGAUAGGAGGCGCGAUUGCUGGAGCGAUUGCUGCGAAUAUAGCUAGUCAUGCGGUCAAGGACCAUGGACAGGAUCAUGGACACAAUCAAGGGUAUGAUCAUGGACAAAACCAAGGGUACGGUCAAGGGUACGAUCAUGGCUACGAUCAUGGCUACGAUCAUGGGACACUUCGAUUCAUUAUCCGUGUAGCCGAGAACCUGCAAGAUUUUGAUACUGUGACCGAUGGAAGCCUCGAGAGUGAGGCGUUUGCCAGGGUCAGAAUAAACAUCAUCCUACAAGCCGUCCUAAGAGAACGGAGGCCUUUCGCCGCUUCCCAAGCUCGAACUUUGCACCUGGGGUUCGAGACCCCAAUGAGCAUCACCCUUUCGCAAACGGUCGUAACCAGCGGGAAAGCAGAUUAUUCGCUGUGGUAUACCUCUCACGAGGACCGGGCGCACCAAUUGAUAAUAGUGGAGGCCAAGAAGGCGAGGCAUGUAACUUCGGGACUGCCCCAAUUAUUAGGGUACAUGGGUGCCGUCCAACUCGCGCGACGUACUGCGCAAAAGUCAAAUAUCACUGUUUUUGGCGUCCUUACCGACUCAUAUCAAUGGGAUUUUGUUCGUGUUCAUAACGAUGGGAAAUAUUCUUUGAUCACGUUUCGAUGGAAUGCAGGGCAGUCUCAGAAAAUCUGGGAUAUCCUCAACUGGAUGGUCGCUUAUGCUGAGGUUCAGUCCCCUCUGUGCUCAGAGCUUUCAUGA